AUGCCUACCGAAGCCGGCCACAGAUUAUAUGUCAAGGGUCGCCACCUGAGCUAUCAGCGUGGCCGUCACACCACCCACCCCAAGACCAGCUUGAUCAAGAUCGAGGGUGUUGAUGACACUGCUGCUGCCAACUUCUACCUUGGCAAGCGCGUCGCCUAUGUCUACCGCGGCCAGAAGGAGGUUCGUGGCACCAAGAUCCGCGUGAUCUGGGGCAAGGUCACCAGGCCUCACGGCAACUCCGGCGUUGUUCGCGCCAAGUUCGCCACUCCCCUCCCCGCCAGGUCCUUCGGUGCCUCCGUCCGCAUCAUGCUCUACCCCUCUACUAUCUAA